GCUUCUUCUUGUUUCCUUCGUCAGAUUCUCUUCUCUUCAUUACCCACUAAACUUCCACCUCGAUCAGAUCCUCUAUCACCAAAGAAACUGUCUUGUUCUUCUCCUUUUACUGCGUCUUUAUCGGUUUCAUCGAUCGGGAGAUUAACUAAUAGUCGGAGAAAGUUUUUUUUUUUUUUUUUUUUUUUGCUAAAAUUUGGUGCAUAUAUUAUAAAGGAGGCAAAAGCAUACAUAAUGUGAGAAUAUUACAAUGCUCUAGUGGAUAAAGUUAGUAAAUUCAUUCUGAGCCCCACAUGGUUCUUGGUCUCGAGAGAGAGUAGCCCAAAGGAAAACAUGGGCUUAGGAGCUUUUGCAGUAGAAGAAAUAAAGCCCAGAAUCAAAAUAUUCGUUGUCUUCCUCAAUGAAGUAAUCGAAAGGUCUCACGGUAGAGAGAACCAGAGUUGCAUGCAGGCACUCGAUUCCAUUGGGUCAGUUUCACGGAGCGAUGAGAUACGGUUUUUGACGGUGGAGGAGAUGGUUGAGAAUAUAGCUUCCUGCGACUUGAAGUGAGAUCGGUGGAGCCUAUUGUUGCGCUCACGCCAUAGUUCAUGAAUCAGCGUUUGCCAGGAUAGGAUUGUGAGAUAGCGCAACCGGUUAUCACCAGUGUAACGGAUCAGACCUUGCAAAGUAUCAUCCCAAUCGUCUGAGAUAAUGGCAAACUGAAGUUUCGCAGCAAGGUUUCUCCAAAUUCCAGAGGAGAAGGAGCAACAGAAAUAAAUGUGAUUUCUGCUCUCUGGAAGUAGGUUACACAGAAGACAGAGAGGAUCCGUCUGCAAUCCCCAAGACAGUAACCUAUCACGAGUGGGGCACCUAUUGAGUACAAACAUCCAAGAGUGGUACCCAGUCUGCUCCAUUCCGGCAUGUCCUCAUGUUCUGAGAGAGAUACAGUUGAUAGAAAAAUCUGGACUUGCUCCAUCUCCUGAGAUCUUGCCGGACCUAUAUCCCAAGUUUCUCCAACCCACAGCGAAGCUAGAGAUGAAGAGAGGGGAAUACCAUACUGUCUCGGUCCAUUAUGACCAACAAAGUUGAUGAGUUGGCCAAAUGGAGACCAUGGCGUUGUCCAGAAGAAGAUUGAAUUCCCAUUUCCUGGUAAUAUUCUCAUCCAAUUGAUUGCUGUUUGUCUCAAUCUCAAUAUCUGCUUGAAUAACCAAUCUCAAUAGUCGGAGAAAGUUAUCAGAAGUGAAGAGCAUGUCUACAGAAAAAGGUAAAGAAGAGAAGAAGAAAGUCGAGAUCUUUGACACAGAGGAGAACUUAGCGGUUGAGUUAGCCAAAUACACAGCAGAUCUCUCCGACAAGUACUGUAAGGAGAAAGGAGCUUUCACCGUCGUUGUCUCCGGCGGUUCCUUAAUCAAAUCUCUCCGGAAGCUAGUAGAGGUUGGUUCAAUAGAUUGGUCAAGGUGGCAUUUUUUCUGGGUGGACGAGAGAGUUGUCCCUAAGCAUCAUGAAGACAGCAACUACAAACUUGCUUACGAUGCCUUCCUCUCCAAGGUUCCCAUUCCUCCUGGAAACGUAUACGCAAUCAAUGAUUCUCUCUCGGCCGAGGCAGCAGCGGAGGAUUACGAGACGUGUCUCAAGCAUUUAGUUCAGACCGGUGUCAUCCGCGUGUCUGAAUCAACCGGCUUUCCGAAGUUUGAUCUCAUGCUUCUUGGUAUGGGACCUGAUGGUCAUGUGGCGUCACUGUUCCCAGGGCAUGGUCUGUGUGGUGAGGAGAAGAGAUGGGUGGGGUUUGUUACUGACUCUCCGAAGCCGCCUUCUGAGAGAAUCACCUUCACGUUUCCGGUUAUUAACUCCUCUGCGCAUGUAGCUUUAGUGGUUUGCGGUUCUGGGAAGGCUGAAGCAGUGGAGGCGGCUUUGAAGAAGACUGGGGAUGUACCUGCGGGUUGUGUUUCUGCUGAGGAGGAGCUUGUUUGGUUUCUUGAUAAACCGGCUUGUUCCAAGCUGUGAUGACCGGUUUUUUUGAAACUUGGCAGUGUAAGUGGACUAGUCCGGUUUGCUUUUUGGUUUGUUGGGACUGGUUCUCUCUGUUUGGUUUUCUGAGAGAGAGGCUGUGUUGUAAUAAUAAAAAAAGAGAAUAAGAGGGGGUUGAAUGCAAUGCAACCUAGUUAGUGGUUUCUACAACAGAACAAAAGAUAUUUUUCUAAAUUUAAACAAUGUAUCAUCCAAUAUAUAACUAUUAAGUUUGGUACCAAAAA